AGAAGAGAAGAGAAAUAAGAAAGAAUAGAAAGAGAGAAAGGAAGAGAAAAAUAAUAAAAAGUUUUUGAAAAAUUUUAGAAAUUUAUUUAGAGUUUGAGGAACGUGUUGGGGUAGGUGGCAGAAUUUAGCAGGUUGGUAUCAAAGUCGAGGUUGAGCUCGAAUUUUGAGACAUUUUGAAUUUCAUUUCAGACAGGCGCUAAAAGCGAAAUAACUAAAUAGAAAGGGGCGAAGAGUAAAAAAAAAAAAAAAAAACAAAAGUCUACAACACGAUGGCGGCGUGCGUGCGUGAGCCAAUGCAGCAUUAGAGGCGUACUACGACGUCGUUUCCUGCCCGGAUCCAAUAUAUACGUGUCAUCCCGAAGCAGGUUGGCGGCAAGAAUAACCGUCUGGUAGCAGUGGCGUCGUCAGGAAGAAAAUGGGUGUCCACGGCCUCUGGGAACUGCUCGCCCCCGUCGGCCGCCGCGUCUCCGUCGAGACCGUCUCCGGGAAAAAGCUGGCAAUCGAUGCUAGUAUAUGGAUGAUACAGUUCAUGAAGGCGAUGCGAGACGACAAAGGCGAGAUGGUGAGGAAUGCUCAUCUAUUGGGCUUCUUUCGCCGAAUCUGCAAGCUACUAUUCCUCCGUACGAAGCCCGUCUUCGUCUUCGACGGUGGCACGCCUGCUCUGAAGCGCCGGACUGUCAUCGCCCGUCGCAGACAGCGUGAAAAUGCCCAGGCCAAGAUCCGCAAAACCGCCGAGAAAUUGCUCCUCAACCACCUCAAGGCCAUGAGAUUGAAGGAAGUGUCAAAAGAUCUUGAAAGCCAGAGACAGAAGCAUGAUUCCAAGGGUAAAAAUGUUAUGACAAAUCAAAUGGAAAUGGAAGGUGACAAUAUGGGGGGAAAUAAUAUUGCGCCAUUUAGUUGCAACCAGGAAGCACUAGAUGAGAUGUUGGCAGCAUCACUAGCAGCAGAGGAAGAUGGCGAUUUUAUCGUCAAUGCAUCAACCUCUGGUGAGGGGAUUCAUAUAGAAGAAAAGGAAGUUGAUGAAGAUGAAGAUGAUGAUGAAGAGAUGGUACUACCAGCAAUGAAUGGAAAAGUUGAUCCUGCUGUUCUAGCUGCUUUGCCUCCAUCAAUGCAACUUGAUCUUCUUGUUCAGAUGAGAGAGAAAUUGAUGGCAGAGAAUAGGCAGAAAUAUCAAAAGGUGAAAAAGGUCCCCUCCAAAUUUUCAGAAUUGCAAAUAGAGGCCUAUCUAAAAACUGUGGCUUUCCGCCGGGAGAUAGAUGAAGUGCAGAAAUCUGCUUCAGGGAAGGCUGUAGGUGGUGUCCAGACUUCACGGGUAGCCUCUGAGGCCAAUAGAGAGUUCAUUUUUUCUUCAUCUUUCACUGGUGAUAAACAAGUUCUUGCAUCUGCUGGAGUAGAGAGGAACUCUGAGAAGCUACAUCAGACACCAUUCGAACCUCCUCCUUUAGCGUCUCUGGACAGUAUUGCGUCAACCAAGUCCAUUGAUGAAGAUCCUGGAAGGGUAUUGGAUGAUAUUAAGACAUAUCUAGAUGAGAGAGGAUGUCUUCGAGUUAGUAGAAUGAGGGCUAUGGGAAUUCGCAUGACUCGAGAUCUACAAAGAAAUUUGGAUUUAAUGAAAGAGUCUGAACAGGAAGGAGUGCAAGGAAAACAUGACACAGAUAAUGAGUGUGUCCCUAAUAACCAUGCUGUCAGUGUCUCAGGAACACUUCCAGAAAUCCAGCACAAGGGAACUUCUGUUCAGUUGGAUAAUAGCAAUGGGCAGUCUAUAUCUAAGAUUGCAAAUCCAAUAGAGAUAUCCUUCGAGGAUGAUGGUGGCCAUGAACAUUUGGAUGGUGAUGACCCUGUAUUUGCUCAUUUGGUAGCAGGAGAUCCAGUAAUGGUCUCUUCAGCUGAUGAUAGCCCCUUAAAGGAACAUUCAUGCGAUCCUGAUUCAGAUUGUGAUUGGGAGGCUGGAGUUAUUGAAGAGAGGGGUGGCACUUCUACACAUCACAUCAAGGAGAAAACACUAUCUCUUCCUGAAGGUGACAGUCCUGGUGAAAGUGAAGUGGAAUGGGAGAAUGGAGAUGGAGAACCUGAUCUUAAAUUUGCUUUCUCAUCUUAUUCUGAGGCCAGAAAAACUGCCUCAAAAGGUGUUUUGGAAGAAGAAGCUGAUUUCCAGGAAGCUAUACGGAGAAGUCUAGAGGAUUUUAGUGGAAAAAAGUCUGAUGCUGCAUCAUCUGAAGAUGAGAAAUUAAAAGAGCCUGGGGAAUUGGCUGGCGAGACUACAGGUCUUGGGUCUGUUAGUCAUGAAAAUAACAAGGCUGGAUAUAAAAUACACCCAGAGAAUGUAAUGCAUACUGAUAAAUCAUGUUAUGAAGUUGAUACUAAAGUUCAGCACCUGGAUAGUGAGACCAAAUUGGACAUAUUAAAUACUGAUGAUUCUGCUAGGGAACUGUUAUCACCAAGUGUGGUAGUUAAACCUGAUAGCUUGGAAGGACCACUUGAUAAAGCAGGUAAAAGGGUCCUGGUUUCCGAGGCUGGUCCUUUUCCAAGAGAUGCAAGUGAAUGUGAAAAUUUACUUGGAGAAAUUCGACAUGAUGAAUCAACCAUUCCUGUUGAAGAAAAGGGUGGCCACUUGACUGUGGAGCAGCCGAUCUCAAAUAAAUCUAAUGCUCCUGACCAGGUACUCUUGAACAAAUCUAAUGCCGCUGAUCAGGUGUCCACCUGUGCCAGUAGUUCUUAUGUGGUUAAUCUUCAGGUUCCUGAUACAUUGUUGGGUGAGACACCUCAUAUCAUUUGUUCUGAUGUUCAACAAAAUGCUGCAGCGGACUGCCAUGCAAUAGAGAGAUCAGAACAGGGAGAAUCUUCUGUUAAAGAAUCAUGUAAUAAUGGCUCUAUCCAAAAUUUACCUGCAGAAAAAAAUCAUGCUGAUUUUGCAAUGAAGAAAGGGGAGGAUAUGGAAGAAUUUACAUCUCAGGAUGACAAAGAACAGCCAAUUGAAGUUACCAAUGCUAGUCUGGAGGAGGAAAUGCUAAAAUUGAGUAAAGAACGCAGAGAUCUAGGAGAUGAGCAGAGAAAGCUCGAGCGGAAUGCAGAGUCUGUCAGCAGUGAAAUGUUUGCAGAAUGCCAGGAGCUUCUCCAAAUGUUUGGCUUGCCAUAUAUUAUUGCACCGAUGGAGGCUGAAGCACAGUGUGCAUACCUGGAACUUGCAAACCUUGUAGAUGGUGUGGUUACCGAUGAUUCUGAUGUGUUCUUGUUUGGGGCACGAAGUAUUUAUAAAAAUAUGUUUGAUGACCGGAAAUAUGUUGAGACCUACCUCAUGAAGGACAUAGAAAAUGAGCUUGGCCUAACCCGUGAGAAAUUGAUCCGUAUGGCACUGCUUCUUGGGAGUGAUUAUACUGAAGGUGUAAGUGGGAUUGGCAUUGUGAAUGCUAUUGAAGUUGUGAACGCAUUUCCUGAGGAAGAUGGCCUUCGUAAGUUUCGAGAAUGGAUUGAAUCACCUGAUCCAACCAUACUAGGGAAGUUUGAUGUGCAAACCAGAUCUACUUUAAAUAAAGGAGCAUCAACAGUUAGCAAUGAUAUGACUUGUUCAGAUGGCAACAAGGAUGGACUCACUGCAAAUGACAGAAUUGUUCCACAAUCCAUGGAUUACAAUCAUAAGAUGAAGCAGAUCUUCAUGGAUAAGCAUAGAAAUGUGAGCAAAAAUUGGGACAUACCCUCUUCUUUUCCCAACAAUGCAGUAAUUUUUGAAUAUGCUUCUCCACAAGUGGACAAGUCAACAGAGCCAUUCUCAUGGGGAAAGCCAGAUCCUUUUCUUCUUCGCAAGUUGUGUUGGGAAAAAUUUGGGUGGAGUACGCAAAAGGCUGAUGAGUUGAUCCUACCUGUUCUGAAGGAGUACAACAAACACGAGACUCAACUGCGGUUGGAAGCAUUUUACACUUUCAAUGAGAGAUUUGCAAAAAUUCGUAGUAAGAGGAUUAAAAAGGCUGUUAGUGGAAUUGCUGGGAACAUUUCCAUAGAGUUGACAGAUGAUGUCGUGGAAGAUGUUUCGAAGACUACAAAGAAAAGAAGAGUAAGCCCCCGAGAACAUGUGGAGGACAAGUCAGAGAAACCUUUUAGUGGACAGGAGGAUUGUGUCUCUAAAGGUCAGAGCAACCCACAGAGAUCAACUAUGAAGCGGUCAAGGAGGAGGAAGCAUGAAGAACUUGUACCAUCUGAAGAAACAGCCACACAUAUGCGAAUGCAGGCAGAAGGCGUUCAAAAUACAAGACAAGGGAUGAGUGCAAGGGGACAAAGACGGGGACGGGAGACAGGCCAAGCCUUGGGAAGCAGUAGGAGGAAAAAGAACCCUGGUCAUUCAUAUCAUGAGAGCAUUUCUAAUGAUGGAAGCGAUAGUGAUUACGAACAGGAAGUGCAAGUUGAAAAGUUAGAAGGAACCCAAGGAGUACGGAAGUCAACUCGAGCUCGGAAGGCAGUGAAAUACACUCUGGAAGUGGAGAUUGAUGAAGCAGGUAAGGGAGACGAAGACGAAGAUAACUGCACUGGUGAAGAGGCAGUGCAACAGGAGCUUUCCGAGGAUCAUGACUUAACUAGAGAUGCUGAAGCCGGUCCUAGUGAGACGGACCAGGACAAAGUUGAUGAUCCUUCAUGUUUGGACCACUCGAGUUGGGACUACCUUCAAACGGGAGGUGGUGGAUUCUGCAUAGAUGGAGCUGAAAUAGAACUUGAAAGAGGUCAACCAAGUGCUGGUCAGAAUGGCGAUCCUUUGGUCGAGGCAGAAUUGUCGAAAGCAUAUCUUAAAAUGGGGGGUGGGUUUUGCGCAGAUGAAGACGGAGGAACGGAGGAUCCAGAUGAACUUCCUUCCAGGCCACCUACAGCUUGCACCAGUGACGAUACCAACCCCGCUCAUUUUGAUAAUCACGUGGUAGAAGCUGAUCUUGAUACCAGUCCAGUUCAGUUAGUUUCUAGCGCUACAAGGGCUUCCGACGAAUUUCAGGAUAGAUUACGAACAGAAGCAUUUGAUGAUGGCAAGCAGGAUUCCGAUCAUUUAGCUCAUAUGACCAGUGAUGAUAAUUCAAGUUUAGCAAGGUCUCCCCAAGAAAGCAUCAGAGCAGAUGAUUCUUCGACAGCUCCUGCCAACAACUCUCUGCGGGCCAUGCCCUACUUGAGAAGAAAGCGAAGGAAGGGUUGAAGAAGGAAGCCUAAUGAUGGAUGAUCCUAUUUUUGUUGUGUGGGAGGGAGAGGCCUCGGGGUUUUGUCUAUUGGAUUGGGGAUUGUAUUGUAUAUCUAUUCUAUCCUGGCUUUCCCAUUUCCAGCCAAAAGCCAUAUAUAUGAAUGGAUGGUAAAUAUAUUUAAAAGCUGCAGUAAGGUUGUUUACUUCACAAUUUGAGGGAAAAUGUUCUUGUGCGUGUACUACUAGUGCUAAAGAUUUAGGAAAAUAUUAUUAGUACAUUAUUAUAUAUAUCUUAGGCUACACAAUGAUGUGUCAAUAUUUAAAAUGCCUUCAUUCAAGAUAGUGAGACGCAAUAAAGCGAGGGAUAUUUAUGUCA